AUGAGUGGGAAAUUCGUUCGUGCAUCUAAAUAUAGACAUGUAUUUGGACAAGCUGCCAAGAGGGAGCUUCAAUAUGAAAACAUCAAAGUUACCAACAAUGCAUGGGACUCUAACAUUUUGAAGACUAAUGGUAAAUAUAUAUCGGUCAACUGGAACGCAUCAGGUGGUGGUGCGUUUGCUGUUAUCCCAGUAGGAGAAGUCGGCAAAUCUCCAGACCAAGUGCCACUAUUCAGAGGUCAUACCGCUCAAGUACUAGAUACAGAUUUCGAUCCAUUCCACCCACAAAGAAUUGUGUCUUGUUCAGAUGAUGCUAAGAUCUGUGUCUGGGAGAUCCCAGAGGAUUAUUCUUUCCAUAAAUACGUUGACGAAAAUGGCGAUCCAAAGGAUAUUAAACCAGUAAAGAUCUUAAGCGGACAUUCCAGAAAAGUUGGUCAUGUCUUAUUUCAUCCUGUUGCUGAAAAUAUUUUGGUUUCUUCUUCCUUGGAUUACACUGUUAGAUUAUGGAAUAUCGAAACAGGGGAAAAUGUUAUUACUCUAAAACAUCCAGAUAUGGUUACCUCUAUGUCCUUCUCCUAUAAUGGUGAACAUUUAGCCACUAUUUCUCGUGAUAAGAAACUAAGGGUUUGGAAUAUCAAGAAACAAGAAAUCAUCAGUGAGGGAGCAGCUCAUACUGGUGCUAAGAAUCAAAGAGUUGUUUGGUUGGGUAAUUCUGAUAGAUUAGCGACAACCGGUUUCUCAAAACUAAGUGAUCGUCAAAUUGGUAUUUGGGAUGCAUUUAAUUUAGAGAAAGGUGAUCUUGGAGGCUUUUACAAUAUUGAUCAAUCUUCUGGUAUUUUAAUGCCAUUCUUUGAUGAUAGUAAUAAGAUCUUAUAUCUUGCUGGUAAAGGUGAUGGUAAUAUCAGAUAUUAUGAAUUCCAAAAUGAUGAAUUGUUUGAAUUAUCCGAAUUUCAAUCGACCGAACCUCAAAGAGGGUUUGCAAUGAUUCCAAAAAGGUUAGUAAAUGUUAAAGAAAACGAAGUUUUUGGUUGUUUCAAAACUGUAGUCGAUCAACGUAUUGAAUAUGUUUCAUUCCGCGUUCCAAGAAGAGCAGAAGAAUUCCAAGAUGAUAUUUAUCCUGAUGCCCCAUCAGACAAACCAGCUUUAUCUGCUGAAGAAUGGCUAUCUGGUAAAGAAGUUGAUGGUCCAAUAUUAGUUAGUAUGAGAGCAGCUUAUGAUGAUUCUACCCCAAUUUUCCAUCCAGCAGAAAAACAAUCUACUCCAGAACCAACUACUCCUACCCCUGUAACUAAAGAACAAUCACCUAUAGUCACUGAGAAAGAAGUGGUAAAGGAAGAACCAAAAAAGGAAACUGUUGUACCCAAGGCCAGUUCUCCUGCCCCAAAGACUGGUGGUUCCUUAGAUGAUUUAAAAGAAGAUGAUUCUGUCAGUAAAUUGUUAAAGAAAUCAUCUGAUUUAGAUACUAUAAACGAUGCCGAAGAUCCAUCAAAAGCUGAAUCUACUUGGGAUGAUGAAGAUGACAAACCGACCGUUAUCAAGACUCCAUCACCAUCAUCAUCACCUAAAGUUCAAACCCCUGAACAAAAGAUUGAAAAACCAGUCGUCAAGACAGAAAUUAAAAAAUCUGAAGAAAACCCUGUUAAGAAGGAAACUAAAGAGGAGACUAAACAAGCCGAGACUACUUCUGAACCAACAAAAUCUUCUUCAACAGCCACAGCUGGUCCUAAAUCAUUAGGUCUAAAACAAUCCGUAGAGAAGUUAUCUUCUUUGGUUUUACAUCUAGAAGAUGUAAUUAAACAUCUAGCAGAGGCCAAUCUUCAAAAGGACGAACGUUUAAAGGCAGUUGAAAAGAAGUUAGAAGAACUUGUUCACAAGAAUUAA